GAGAAAAGCAUACUCGGCCGACACAUACCGACCAGCGCGUAUCGCACCUGGAAUGCCGGACCGCCGCGUUUGCUGUUCUCUUAUACUACAAAUAUCUUAUAUGAGUCCCUUGCGAUUGGGCGGUCUGAAACACACACUCUUUACUCUCUCGUUCCUCGACUGACUGUACAGUGCAACAUGCCGAAGUCGACGUCGACGUCGUAUCCGUUCUGGCUCGGAGGUGUUGCUGCUUCCAUGGCAGCAUGCUGUACACACCCAUUAGACUUGGCCAAAGUGCGAAUGCAGACGCUGAAACAUCAGCCUGGCGUCAAACCGAACACUAUCACCAUCCUCCGAGCCACAAUCGUAGAGUCUGGGUUUCGCAGCAUCUACACAGGCAUCAGUGCUUCCAUCCUCCGACAAAUGUCAUACUCCCUCGUCCGCAUAGGAGCAUACGAAAAAGUGAAGGCGCAUCUCUCUCGAGACGGACGACCCUCGACCGGCAAACUACUGUUAGGUGCAAUGGCAGCAGGUGGUAUCGGAGGUGUGGCAGGCAACCCGGCAGAUGUUUUAUUGGUGCGAAUGACGAGUGACACCCUUCGGCCCCCAGAACAGAGGUUCAAUUAUUCGAAUGCUUUGACUGGACUCGUAAGCCUUGUCCGGAGCGAAGGUUUAGGCGGGCUUUUUAAAGGCGUAGGGACCAAUACGUUUCGUGCUAUCCUUAUGAACGGCUCGCAAGUAUGCUCCUACGACCUGUUCAAGUCUUCUCUCCUAGGGUCGCGUAUACCAGUCAUUGACUACGAGAUACGAGAUAACCUCCUGCUUCACACAUUAGCAAGCUGCUUGGCUGGGACAGUGGCCACCACCGUUUGCGCACCCGCCGAUGUGAUGAGAUCACGAAUAAUGUCACAGAGUGGAGGGGCGAGUCCCAUUGAGAUCUUCACGCAUUCACUACAGAAAGAAGGCCCACGAUUUCUGUUCAAAGGCUGGACACCUGCAUUCGUCCGGCUAGGACCUAACACCGUCCUUCUCUUCGUCUUCUUCGAGCAACUUAAAAAGGGAUGGAGCACCCUGACUUCAUGAGCAGCUUGUCCCCGCACUCAAUCCGGGCCUCUGCCUUGCACAUGCCUCUUCGAAACGCUUUGCUCGCACUGACCGCACGACGCACGCCCAGUACCACCACGCAUCAAUGGCACGCCACGACUAGACAGCGGACCUCCCAUAGAUCUAUAGAUCUACUCUAUCUAUCCAAUGCACUCUUGCUUUCACCAUCACCAUUUCGUUCUACCUUCUCACUCCCGAGGCCGAUCGUCCUUGCUACAUCGCUUCUCCGGAUGUCAUGUCCUUGUCUUUAUCAAUCCAAUUUUUAUUAUAUUUCUAUUGUACAGGCAAUGUACUAUUGAACCGUAAAUCGAUCCUCC